UUUCUGUUUCUAUUCGUUUCUACAUACGGUUACGAUUUUUAUCGAAGUUUUAUUCUAACUGUAAACAAUUGCUCGUGAUUUCGAGAGUGGUUCGAUUAUUAUGAGAGUAUUUAUACGAAUUAAAAAAUAUUAAAGUAGCCUAAGUAUGUCAGGAGGCUGUCUGGUGGUUCUUGACCGUAAUGGUCGUUAUGUCAAAAAGUACCCGUUGCCUGAUGGAUUGGCUACAUUGGGUAGUGACCCUGCAUGUGAUAUCCGUGUGAUGCUACCAACUGUCUGUUCUCAUCAUGCAACUGUAGUUGUGCAUGCUAAUCAGACUGUUGUACGAAAUAUUGGCGAUGGCGAUACCUUAGUGAAUGGAGAGCCUGUGAGUGUGGCAGCGCUUAAGCACUAUGAUGUGAUUACUUUAGGUGAUCGAUCUCUACGCUGGCAUUAUGACAAUCCAAAUAUCAGUAAAAAAUUCCAGAAGAUUGAACAAGGUGUGUACGCGUGCGGUCGGGGCGGGCGGGUGUCGCGGCGGGCGAGCGCGGCGGCGUCGGGCCCGGCCCGGGACCGCGCGCUGCGACUGGCGCUCGAGAUGUCGCACCGGGCUUCUAUGCCGGGUAGCACAGGCGGUAAGCAAGUUGCGAUUGUUCAGCCUCAAAGAAGAGAUACUACUGAUCAGAAUGACCAAAAUCAAACCCGACCUCCAACAAACAAGCGAUCCAGAAACGCGGAUGUGUCGCACGAGGAAGACAAUCGAAAACGGAGGUCUACGAAAGCGAGUCCCAGGAAUGCUUCCCUACAGGAUCCGACUAAAGCUACGCUGUGGAUCGAGUCCAGGAAGACGAAGAAAAGCCCAAAAAGUCGCUCGCAGACUCCAACCGUGCUCCAUGCCCCUAACACACGCAGGACGAUUGCUACAAUCAAGAAGAGCACGCCCCUAAGGCUCACGGUGCUCAGGAAAGCGCAGAGCGCACAGAAAAUGAGGGUUAUGAAGAUUGAAGCGCCUACUAAAAUUGAUCACACGAAGCAAGCGGCUCUGAUGCUGAUGACAGGGCACACGCCUAAACAGAGACUGUUAGGAUCGAAAUCUAAGACUCCCUCGUACGUAGUUAAGAAACAUAGUCCGGUGCGGAGGAAUCCGCGGGGCAGACUCAGUCUAGGGAAACGGUCUAAAGAGAGCGAGAGCGCUUCGUCGUCCCGGCUCAGCAACACAAGAGCCAGCUCAGUUGCCGGCACUAGUAGGAGCUCGGGGAAUCGUUCGGUAACGAUAUUCGAAGUAACCGACUCGGAGGCUCGAAAUUCAACUUUACAAGCGAACAGGUUGUCGCGUCGCUCCGGACAGAAGAGUCCCCAGAAAUCGCCCUUCCUACCUAGCGCCAAGAAAUCGGCGCUGAAAGAUCCAAAGAGAAACACCCGUAAAACCGAAUCUAUAAAGUUCGAUUUGAGUAAUUUGGAGAACGGCGCUCAGAUGUCCAGUGACGUUCUGACGGUUAACGAUACGACGAAGCGUUCCGACGGUGACGACACGAUGUCGGAAGAAGAGUUGACCUUACGUUACUCCGACUCUCCCAGUCCUUCGCCAAGGAGACCAAUAAAUUCUCGCAGCAGUCGAAUAUUGGAGAGUACCAUCGGAACACGCCUGACCGUGUCACCGAAACAAUCUUUAACUCAGCAACGGCCUCGUGGAAGAAAAUCGUCGAGAGGAAGCCUUAUCUUGCAAAAGGCGUUGACGUCAUCUGAUCUAUCACAUGACUUGUCCAGCCAGAGUACCUCGAUAGCGUCCGCUUACAAAACGCGAACACUCAGUCCGAGAACACGUAAUAUGGAAUCGUAUUCGAUUGUCGAUUUAGUUUCUAUAGAUUCGAACGAUUCUCAAAAGAACGCUUCAGUUUAUGAUUCUGUGGCGUCCGCGAGCGACUCGUUUGGUACUCCCGGUAAUAGCAUCUCUAGGAAAACGAGAUCGACUAUCGAUCCAACGUUACUCGGAACUAGCACUCCGUACGUAGCUAAGUCGACUAGAUCAGGAUGCUCGUUUAUAUCAAAUCGAUCGCGGUCCAAUCCGGGUGUAUCGGGUAACGAAACGCUCCACUCAAGGAGUUCUAUGUCCACAAGACGAUCGAAGUCAUUGACCACACCCGAAAACACCAGAAAACAUAUCUCGAUCAACAGUACGAAAAUAUCUAGAGUUUCCAGAAGUCGAUCCAGGAUUAAUGACAGCGACCUACUCGUUGACGACGAGGAAGAUUCGUCUCCGAAGACUUCGAAAAGAGUCAGUCGUAAUACUAAAUCUUUGUUAUCGAACGCUACGUUUAACAAAAGAAACGAAAUUACGAAUGGAAGUGUAAUUAGUUCAACUAACGAAGGAAAUACUACUCCAGAAGAUAGACAUAGUCCCGAAGAUGUAGGCACUCCAAUGUUAAGCAUUCAAACUCUUUUAAAUAACAGCUCGAUUACAUCAAGGAACAUUCGAACAGGCAGAGUAUCGAAACGCAAGACUGUAGGAGAUAUUGGCACAGUUAAAAACAGUCGUGCCGGCUUAAAAUCAAAAUCGUUGAAUGUUAGUGCAAUGAGGGCUGUUCUAAGGUCGAUGAAAGGUUCACCGAACAAUUCUGACGUCACAGACGAGGACGCCCCACAGCCUGACGACGAAGAAGUAAUUACACCAAAAAGUGCCGUAAAACCGGUACAAGAGGCCGUCAAAAACAAGCACUCGACUGCUAAGAAACCUCAAUCGAAACGUUCCAUUAUAGACGACCUUAACAAAUCUGAUAUCGUGAAAGAGCUAUUCAAUAGUCCGGUUAAGAGAAAGUUGUCUCAAAGCAUGACCGAAUUCUCUAGGAAGCAACUCUUCGAGGAAGACGAGGAUGUUAUUUCAGUUAAAAAACCGAGUAGAAACACUAUCGCUGUAGCGGACAGAACGCCAGACAGUUCUAUUCUUGACCAAACGGAAGCUAUCACGCCUGAUAUGUUCAUUAGUCCGAUAAAUACACCGUCACAUAGUCCUAACAUGACGGGAAUUAGACGAUUGUUCCGCAGAAAUACACCACAGAACGAUCUGCGUGACGUGGCAGGCGUUAGAACACUAUUCCGCUCUCCUAGACAUCGGAAGUCUAAUAUAAACGAUCUGACAAAUGUAAGAAAUCUCGAACAAGAUUUUGCGGAAUGCUCUACCGAACGCUUAAGCGACGCUCGUGUCAAAAAUGUUUCUACGUCAUCACCUAGAAAUGAUCAGCAAAGAGUUUCAGAAGUUAAAACGUCGUUCCAAAAACAAAAUAAAUAUAGAAGUCCACGAAAUGACUUGAACGACGUUAGGGGUGUAAAAGAACUAUUCCGGAGGAGUCCGACAAAUGAUUUAAGAAACGUGUCAGCCGUGAAGAGAACAUUGCAGAGGCUUUCACCCAAAAAUGAUUUGACCGACGUACGCGGCGUGAGAAAUAUUUUUAGACAACAAAAACAGAAACAAGAUUGUGACGUGAGCGGAAUCGAAGAAUUGUUCAACGAGUCUCGAAAUGAUUCUGAAAUUUUAUUUGAUCAAUUGGUAGGCGGUAAACCGCGACCGAAAGCUGUUUAUUCGAGAACUUUCACAGCGAGGGCUCCUCAAAAACUGAAUGCACGAAAAAAUGCAUCUUUGAAUAAGUCUAUCAAUAUGAUAACUGAUAAUGUCGAGGAAUGGAUAGAGACCAACUUGAGAAAAUGUUUGCAAAAAGAUAAACCCUCAACAAGUUUGACUAGAGAACUUAAAAGGUUGGCGACUAGUACAUUUGAAGGUGAUACGCCGAUUCGAAGGUCAAGAGUACGCGACAGUACAGUAAUCAGGAGUAUUAUCACGGAGAAUCGUCAGAAAUCCGCUUCAGAAGUAUACAGCGCUCGAAAACUGCCUAUAAAGAAGAGGUCCUUGAAAGAAAUCUCGAUGGAAAGGGCAGCAAAUACUACGAUCCUGCCCAUCAAGAAAAGGGUUGUAGUACAUUCAACGCCGGUUAAAGGGAGAGUCAAUAUGACGAUGAACGCUUCAGAGUUAGGUAGAGUUUCGCCGAUUGCUGCCUUUGACAAAACUCGACCAGCUGAGAGUGACACGACUGUGGCUGCAUCAAGACCAAUAGAGGAUGAACCGGCUCGACCUCCACCAAAACAAAGAGGCAGAAGGACGACAAAGGCAAAAAUAGAGAAACCAGCUACUAACGAAAUAAUACCGUCCCCAAAGAAAACGCGGUCCAAAGCUAAGCCGGCUAGUCCAGUAAAAACUAGACCUACAAGAGGUCGCAAUAGGACUGAUAAUUCUGAUAACACCAAAAAACGUAGAGCCUCACUAGUCAUUCCAAAGAAAUCCCCAGUUCUUAGUCCUAAACCAACCAAGGUGUCCAGGAAUAAAAAUGAUGACAUCGAAAUUGAAAUCAAAGUGUUGAUCAGUCCAAAAAAGAUUACAAGACGUCAAAAACAAAUAGAGGUUACAGCAUCACCAAAAAGAACAACCAGAGCUAAAGUACAAAAAACUACCGUUGUUGUUACUAAACCGUCACCGAAAUUGAAGCCUAGAGCCAAGAGGAAUGCAGCCCAAAUCGAUAAGGCUAAUAGUGUCGAAGAAAUCAUACAAAAAUCUAAAAGAAACCGUAAAACAACCGUUGAAUCUCCCAAAGAAUCUCGAGCGGCAAAACCUGCUGUUGAAAAUGAACCUAAAACGAGGGGACGUAGAAUUAUAACUGAACGACAAAAUGAAGAUGACAAACCCAAAAGAGGUAGGAAUACGAAAACGGAUGAUACUACAAAAGUUUCCAAAGAAGACAAUUUACCUAAAACUCGAAGAUCUAAACUAAAGGUACCGGAAAAACAGCCAGUUACACGAGGAAAAGCCAAAAAUGUAGAAGUACCUGCCAGUGAAAUCACACAGAAAUCCACAAGAGGAAAGAAAUUGGAACCCCAAGAAAGCGUACAGUCGGAACCGGUCAGACAAACUCGUCGUGUAAGAAAUGAUAAUACCGUUAUUCCCGAACAAAAAGGUCGUAAACGCAAAACGGUGGUCGAGGAAGUAAUACCUGCUAAAACCUCGCGGCGUGGAAAGAAAGUCGUCGAAAAUGUUGAUGCUGAAGCUGUUAGUGAGGAACCGAAGAUAAAUUCAAAAAAGAGUCAAGAGAUAAAUAAAAGUGUUGGAGGCGGUAAGACAACCAGAGCGGUUCAGAACAAAAGAGUUGCGGUAUCCAACACUGCCGAAAGAAAAGUACAGAAAGGAACCAAGACGGCGAAGCAGGAAAUAGUUCCAGAAGCAAAUAGCCGUAAGAGGAUAGCACGCGCUGAAUCAUCUCCAGCGAAAGUACCGAAUAAAAGACAAGCUUUGAAGACUAAAAAAGAAGUGGAGGCUGCGACCAUAGUGUCUCCCUUGAAAACCCGACCACGAAGUACACGCGCCGCCAAAAGUGAAGCUGAAGUAUCAAAGAAAACUACCAGUAGAAGCCGCAGGAGAUAACGAAAAAAUGAAAUAUGAUGAUGAUAGAAAGUACAAAUUGUAUAUUUGAUGGUGCCUAAGAAGACAUUUUUAAUUUUAAAAACGUAUUUAGUUUUAAAUCACUUAUCUAGAUUUAGUUUGUAGAUGUUGCUGUCAAUGUCUCAGUUUUAUUUUCAUUUGUAUUUCUGUUUUUGUGGUCUAAUUGUGUUAACUUUGUAUUUUAAAAUAAAGCUAUCAGUGAUUUUUUAAAUUGAUUUUACGUGUUUGUCGUCACGUUAGAAUAGUUUUUAGUAUGCACAAAUUUAUUUAAGUUGAUAAUUUUUAUUCUACCUUUAGUAGUUUUUUUUCGAGUAGGUACGCUGCACAAAUAUUUUAUGAUCACGACUUUAUAUUUCUUGUAACUUACCUGAUUUAAAACAACUGAUUGUUUGUGUGCUGCUUUUUAUUUUCUGCAAAGGAAGCCCAGACAAUUAGUAUAACGCUCAAAUACAAAUUAUACGUAUUUCAUUUGUAUUAAGCAAAGCAAAAUUUAUUUGGAUUAGAUUCUAGUUUUAUAAAAUUUAAAAAUUUGUUUUAAUUUAAUUUUAAGUAUUAGAGAAGAGCACCUGAAACAAAUACGUAAAUCUCUAAACACUUCAUAAGGUUAUUUAAAAGACAAUAAUGUUAAAAGACUAUUUGUUAUAUAUAUUAUACAAUAUUCGUAAUUAUGUGAUUUCAAUAUAUUAAUAUGUCUUUAGUUCGUAUUUGCACUAUGUUUAUUAUUCUAUUGAUUGAUUAUUUCUAAAAUGAAAGGAAAUAUGUAUUUUGGGAACAAUUUAUUCAAUUUUGAAGACAUGCGUGUUCGAAAAGUUGUCGACAGAUGCUUAUUUAGGAAAUUCUAUUUUAUUAACAUAUAUUGUUGAACAAAGUUUAAUAAAGAAUAAUUCUGAAUACA